GGCGCUCUGACGUGUCCCUGCCGCUGUAUAUAGGACGGGGUGAGUGACUGCGGCUCCCAGCGAACCGACAGGCAAGGACGCUCAAGCAGUGGCCAACUCCGACCAUUUUUUUUUUGCUUCUUUGCUCCCUGGGUUCAUCGGACCGUGUCAGCAUGUCAGAUCAAGCCUUCGUAACGCUAGCAACUAAUGAUCUAUAUGGGAAAGGAGCCCUGGUGCUAGGAACUUCAUUGCGAAAUCACAAAACUACAAGAAAACUAGUGAUUCUUGUUACUCCCCAAGUAACUGACAACAUGAGAUCUGUGCUGGAGAGGGUCUUCGAUGAGGUUAUUGUCGUGGACGUGCUGGAUAGCAAGGACUCAGCUCAUCUGGCCAUGAUCAAGCGGCCUGAAUUGGGCGUGACCUUUACAAAGUUGCACUGCUGGGCUCUCACGCAGUACUCCAAAUGUAUAUUUAUGGACGCAGACACACUGGCAUUAUGCAACAUUGACGAACUCUUUGAGAGGGAGGAAUUGUCCGCAGCGCCAGAUCCAGGAUGGCCAGAUUGCUUCAAUACGGGAGUGUUCGUCUAUCGCCCUUCCAUUGAAACCUACAAUGAACUUCUACGGUUUUCCACAGAGACAGGCAGCUUUGAUGGUGGGGACCAGGGUUUACUGAACAGUUUCUUCAGCAGCUGGGCCACAGCUGAUAUCAAUAAACACCUUCCCUUCAUUUACAACUUGAGCAGUGUCGCAAUAUAUUCCUACCUUCCUGCUUUCAAACAAUACGGUGCUGAUGCCAAGGUGGUCCAUUUCCUUGGUAACAUCAAACCCUGGAACUACUCCUACAACUCAAAGACUAAAUGUGUGACGGGUGAUGUUCACGUCGGUUCAUCAGUUGUCCACACUGAAUUCAUCAGAAUGUGGUGGGACAUCUUGACAACAUCUAUUCAACCUAUGCUUACACAGUACAGCAUCUCGAAGAACAUCAGUCCUGACAAUCAAGAGCAGUCAUGCCUGGUCUAUUCACUGGCUUUCACUUGUGGCUUGCCAUUCUGUAGGAAGGAGGAAAAAUUGAGUGAAGCUAUCUCCCACCUUUCUGUCAGCCCACCCGCUCCACCGGCCCCAAUGAUUUCCUCAGAAGAGCGCCGGAAAAACUGGGAACAGGGUCAAGCUGAUUUCAUGGGAGUAGAUUCCUUCCAGAACAUCCAGAAGAAGCUGGAUACGUACUUGAAUUAAAGGCUGCUCUUUGAACACCUGCUGUGGCUGACCAGUAAGAACUGAAUACAGAAGGUCUUUAGCAUCUAGGCUGGAGUUCAGUGCAUGGUUGGUUUGUACUUGGCCUGCUAGUGACAUGGUUUGAGAUGGGUGUCUUCAUCUGGUUGUCACCUCAAGGCUGCACUCUGCCGUAAGAACGUGACAAAGCCUGAGGAGAUCGAAUUUUAAAUUCCUGAAGCAAAUCGCCUCCCAGUGUUAAAUCCUGAGCACAUCACCACACUGCCUCCUGCUGAAAUCCUCCUCCAGAACAAUACUGCUGUUUGCUUAACUUAGUAAGUCACACUUAACUAAACUCCUGCACAAUUACAGAUGCUGGACUUUACAGUGCUGUCAGUAUUUUAUAGGUGUUUAAAUUAGCUGCAACACUGCAUGAUGGAAUAUAAUUAUGCCCCUUCCCAAGGAAAUACUGUGCCCCACGUCCAAAGGACAAAACUAGUUUUAUCUUUGAGUCUUAAUGGUAUAAAGAAACCUAGAGCUGAGAAUUCUGUGCACAGUACAUUGCCAGUAUCUUGCAAAAUUUACAAGGAACUGAUCACUCCCAACCACCUUUGACAUUGUUGUGACUAAACUACUGACCAUCAAUUUUUAAGUGUAUCAUAGCACUUUAACCACAAAAUAAAUUCAUUGGUUUGAGAUUGUUGCAAUUUUUUUCCAAUAAAAGUAUUUUCCCACUUGCUUUGAUUCUCUUGGA